GGCCCUGCGCUUGCGCAAACGUCCUAACUCCUGAGUUCUACACGAGGCGUCAUGGAGCGCUCUGCGUCCGCCUCCACCCCUGCCUCAGACGCCGUGGCGACCACUACCGCGGUGCAAGCGAAGCCUACCGCUCUGGAACAGCUGGACAAAGAGCAGAUCAGAAAGGCUGUGGAAGUUCUGUUUGCACACUCCAGGUCCAGAAAAAGUAGUACUGAAUUGCUUUUGAAUGAGAAUGAGAACGUAUUUUUAAUGGUGAUAUUAUGGAAAAUUCCAGCAAAGGAACUUCGAGUCAGAAUGUCUUUACCUCAUAGUAUUCUAUCAGAUUCGUCAGAAGUCUGUCUGUUUACCAAAGAUGAUUGUGAAUCACCUGAACAGACAGAAGGUUUCUAUAAAAAGCUUUUGAAAAAGCAUGGAGUUAACAGUGUCUCUCGGAUUAUCCCUUUUAAAACUUUAAAGACAGAAUAUAAAGCCUAUGAAGCCAAGCUCCGUCUCUUGGGUAGCUUUGACAUCUUCAUUACUGAUGAAAGAAUUAGGCGACAUUUGCCCACACACAUAGGAAGGCAUUUCUAUCAGAGGAAGAAAGUUCCAGUACCUGUCAAUCUUCUGGCCAAGAAUCUGUCCAAAGAGAUUGACCGCCGUAUCACAGGGACUGUCUUAAACAUCUCUAAACAUGGUUCUUGCAGUACUAUACGUAUUGGUCACACCGGAAUGGAGACUCAGCACAUCAUUGAAAAUAUCCUGGCUGUCUCAGAAAUGCUUUCAGAAAAAUUGCCAGAGAAAUGGCAGAGUGUGAAACUCUUGUUCCUGAAAACGGAGAAGUCAGUUUCCCUUCCCAUCUUUUCCUCCUUCGUCACAUCUCAGGAUGAAAACAGCGGAUCCUUCCGUAGUAUGCGGAAAAAAGAACUGAAGAAAAAAAGAAAGCAUGAAAAAGAAAAGUUGAAGAAGAAAAACAAAAUGUUAAGGAAAAAGUCCAAGGAAGCUGCAUCUCUUUCACCUCAAGAUGACUUAGUGUGUAAAACCAGCAGUGCACCAGCAAAUGGUCCAAGAUCCCAGAAGAAAAAGACCAGCAAUGUAAAAGCACAACAGAAAGUGACAGAUGAGUAUGAAGAAACAAUUCCACAACUGGUACCAAUAGGAGAAACUCGAGAUAAAGAAAAUGUGAAGAUGGAAGAAAAUAUCACAGAAGGAAAAUCUCCAAAAAAGAGAUCUGAUCCAAAUACACUCCGUGGCAAGAAAAGGAAGGUCCUACCAGCUGCAGAGACUUCAGAAGCUUCCAGGCCUGGGACCUCAGGGAAGAAGCUAAAAGUAGAUGUGCAGGAACUCAGAAAGCCAGGGGCCAAGGUCUUUACUCCCAGGAAAUCUGUAAAGAAAACUUCUAACACACCCAAAGACAAAAAACCCCAGGGAGCCGAAUCAAACUAAAAUUAGUGGCUCAGCCUGAAGAACAUCAGAGUUAACCUAAAAGCUUUUCAAGAAUAAUUAGGGUGUGGUAGGAAAAACUGGAACACAAAGAUAGGCAGAUGUGUGUGAGUUGCCCUUCUAGAUUUCAGGAAGCCAAGGCCAGAGAGUUGGGGUUUUGAGAGACACUUGGGAUGAACCAAGAAUUUAUUUAAAGCCCAGUGCAAGGUCCUGAGUCCUAUCGUACUCAGGACUGUCAAAAACACACAAAAAGAGGUACUAUGGCCAGGGUUGGUGGUACACACCGGUAAUCCUGGCACUUGGGAGGCAGAGGUGAUCUCUCCAAGUUCAAGGCCAUCCUGGUCUACAAAAGAACUCUAGGACAACCAAGGCUACAGAGAGAAGCCCUAUCUUGAAAAAUACACAAACAAAAAAAGGUAUUCUUGUCCUGAUUCUGUCACAGCCUUUUUUAGCAGUCCUGGACAUAAAUAAUUUUUGUAAAAGUUUCCAUGGGUGACUCUGAAUUAAUUUUUUUGUAUGUAAAAACUAGGGGUUUGAGGCAAAAAAAAAACAAACUGUAUUUGCUGACAACUGCUUCUAUAUGUUUGUAUUUUUUUAAUUAAAAGUUUGACAUCUGCUUCUGCAUAAA